GUUGCGCGCCUGGUGGGCGGGCAGAGAUGGACUGAAAGCUGGGUGGAGUUAGGAGCAGCGCUUUUAGGAAUGGGUCCCAAACCUAUUUAGUUAGACAGCAGAGUUACCAAGAAGAGCUGGAAACACCGGAUGGUCUCUUUGGGACAAUCCGCUCCAUAUAACUCCCCUCUUUAACUCUCGGAAGAUAAAUCUACCUCCAGGCUUCAUUUUUUUUUGUCGCGUUUUGUUUUGUUUUCUCUUCUGAAAAGUAACAGCGCUCUCUCUGUCUUUCUCUCUCUUUUUCAUCCAAAGAAUUACUGAUAAGGAGACAUUGCACUAUUCUUUUUUUUAAUUGUUCCUAUUUAUUGUAUUUUGCACUAACGAUGCACACCACGCAAAAGGACACGACCUAUACGAAGAUUUUUGUCGGGGGUCUUCCCUACCACACCACGGAUUCAAGUCUCAGGAAAUAUUUUGAGGUGUUUGGUGAGAUUGAAGAAGCGGUGGUCAUUACCGACAGACAGACCGGCAAGUCUAGGGGUUAUGGAUUCGUGACGAUGGCGGACCGCUCGGCUGCAGACCGUGCCUGUAAGGACCCCAACCCAAUCAUCGACGGCAGGAAGGCCAAUGUCAACCUGGCCUACCUGGGGGCCAAGCCUCGGGUGAUGCAGCCAGGUUUUACCUUUGGUGUUCCCCAAAUUCACCCUGCGUUCAUCCAAAGGCCUUAUGGCAUCCCGGCCCACUACGUGUACCCUCAGGCCUUCGUGCAGCCUAGCGUGGUCAUCCCUCAUGUGCAGCCCACAGCUGCUGCACCUGCCACUGCUUCCUCCCCAUACAUCGACUACACCGGAGCCGCCUACGCGCAGUAUUCUGCAGCCGCAGCCAGCGCUGCCGCUGCCGCCGCAUAUGAGCAGUAUCCGUACGCCGCCUCCCCUGCCGCCACAGGCUACGUGGCCACUGCCGGCUACGGCUACGCAGUCCAGCAGCCUUUAGCCACCGCCGCCCCAGGCUCAGCCGCUGCCGCAGCCGCAGCUUUCGGCCAGUACCAGCCCCAGCAGCUGCAAGCGGACCGCAUGCAAUAGCAGCCACUGCAACCACUGGACACGCAGAGAGGGGAGCCCCGCCCCCAGCCACAGCUGAUUGGUCAGGAUGAGGAGCAGCAGAGGAAAAGGAAGAGGGAGUGGCUUUAAGGGUGGGCGUGUCAGCGACUCAGAGGCAGAGUCGCUUUAAAAAUAAGGUGAUAAUGAUGAUGAUGAUGAUGGUGGUGGUAGUGAUGAUGAUGGUGAGGUGGGAACUUUUUACAGUAACUUUCCAACUUGCUGUGCUUCAACCAAAAAAUGAGAAAAUGAAAAAAAGUCGCAGAACAAAUAAUGGAAAAUGAUUUACUAUUAUUGUUGUUGUUAUUACUAUGAUUAUGAUUAUUAUCAUUACUAUUAUCAUUGUAGUAGAGUACUUAUUUCUAGAGAAGAAAUGCAGGAACUAAUCCCUGUGGUUGGUAUAGGUGUUAAACUAAGCCUUUAAGUCCUAUUGCUGUCUUUAACGUUAGUUUAGGAAACUGUUCUCUUUUUUUUUUUGCUUGUGGUGUUCCACAAGUGUUUUCGGUUAUUUGAUGCCCUCGUAACGUAUAUAUUUAUUAUUGUUAUUAUUACAUAUUGAGGGCUCUCCUUGUUCUUUUUGUCUUUUCAAGUGCAUUUUUUGGAGUUAAUAUUUUCUGAUAAUCAGGGAAAUGGAACCGUUUCCAAUGUGUUAGCUAUUAUUAUGUGACCUCUGUCAGGAAGUUGAGGAGUCGUAACUCGUCGUGUCACACAUAUUUGAAGAACUACCUUUUUAUCUUCCUGAUGCUGAAUGUCCCCUUUUUUUUACUCUGUGUCUCGACCUCUUGACCUAUGCAAAGCAAACAGAUCACCAGGAGACAAAAAAACAAACAAAAAAAAAAAAAAACAAAGAAAAGAAACAAAAAACUGAAAAUGUCAUCAACUCUGACUUGACUCUUGGACUAAAAAGGGGGACUUGGCAAACACAACAAAGGCACUGACAAAGGAGAGAGGUUGAAAAUGGCUUCAGACAAUGAGAAACACUAAAUCAGUUGCUUUUCCACAUGUUUCACUCACACACGUACACCGACACAUGCAUCCAGAGUUGCACACAUAGCAGUCGAAAAGACAAAGGCAGCACGGUCGUGUUUCUCUCUGGCUCGGCGCUCUGGGAUGGAGAGAAAGAAAAAGAGAAAGAAAGAGGGAGAGAAAGAGAAAGAGAGAGAGAGAGAGAGAGCAGCAGCUGCUGGUGGGGGUUGGACAGAGCCGCUCCAGCGCCACACAGACGGAUCACUCUGGAAAGAACGCAUCACUUGUGCUCGUUUGUUGAGCUGUCACAUUUUAAUCCCUGGGCCCAUUUGGGAACCAACUUUACAGCCCUCCACCCGACACAGAGCCCCCCCCCCCACCCCACCCCAUACACACACACACACACACACAGCAGAGCCCCCCCGUCAUUCAGCCCUGCCGCUGUCAGCACUUCCACCUCUGUGCUGCUGUAGUCUGGCGUCAGGUACACACUCACAAACACACUUUUUUUUUUUUUUUCACCAAAGCCACCCCAACAACUGGCCUGCCUCAUGUCUGUCAAGAAGGUGGGGGUGAAGAGAUCGAGGGGGUUGACUCGUUGACGUUACGUUGGUUUGUGUGCCUUACAUUUUUACUGCUAUUUAAGAGAAAAAAAACAGAAAAAAAGAGAGAAAUCUACUAUUUAAGAUAUUUAUUUUUGAGGGUUGACUAUGUUGACGCUCUGAGAGUAGAGACUUAGUGGCGGUACUGUAUUAAUAAUAUGUACUCAUCUCAAGGCAUAUAUAAGUUAUUGAUUAGUUUUAGUAAUAAUAUUAUUAUAAUUAUAAUUAUUAACAUACUCAACCAAAAAUGUUGAUGUAGGAGUUAUUUAAGAUACAAUUCUGUUAUGUGCACUGUACAUUUUUUUUUUUUUUUAUCUUUUUGAUCCUUUA